AUGUCAUUCCCUACUCCUAAGCGCCAUAUGCCACAACAAAAUCUGAAUCAAGAUAUAAUCACAGAAAUCCUCAAAAGGCUGCCUGUGAAAUCUCUGCUGCAAUUUAGGUGUGUUUCAAAAGUUUGGCGUGCUUUAGUAUCAUCUCCAGAAUUUGUCAAAUUGCACCUAAAUUUUCAUUCGAAAAAGGAUAUUAAGGUCAUGACGUAUAGCAGUGUAAAUCGGAUUAGCUAUAUGUCCUUGUUUUCUAUUACAGAAAACAAGCAAUCAUCAUUUCGCAAGUUUAAUACAUUUGACCGCUCGGUCUUAAUCCCGGAAGGUGGUUUCGAAUUCUUGGGUUCUUGCAAUGGACUCUUUUGCUUUCGUGCUAAACCGUAUCAAAUAAUGAUUUGGAACCCUUCAUUAAAUGGAAACAUCAAGACAAUCCCAGAUAUCUGGCGGUCGGGCUACAUUAGUAUAUUUGGAUUUGGAUACGACAUGCAUAAUCAGGACUACAAGGUUGUUUAUGCUUAUUAUGCGGAGAAUAAUGGUGAUGAAAAUGUGAUUUUGGUGUAUAGUUUUAAGCGUGGGUCAUGGAAAAGAAGUGAUAGAGGGUUUAGUAGUGGGUUUGUUUAUCCCAGAAUUGCUGUGUUUGUGAGUGCCAAAGCUAUAGCGUUAUCCAUCCAUGAACAUGGAGCUGCCAUUUGUAUAGGUGAGUCAAGAGGAUUGGUUUUUGCAGGUUUUCAUCACAAACAUCAAAUGGAAGUUUGGUUGAUGAAUGAGUUUGGAGUUCAAGAAUCAUGGACUAAACUAGUCUGCAUUUCAAACUUACCAAUUCAUCAUCCACUUCUCCGGGGUUCAGAGAACACUGCAUACAUGGCUCUGUGUAAUGCUAAACUAGCAAUUGUACAUGUUUCGGAAAACGGUGAUAUUCUAAUGAUGGUUGGGCAUCAGUUGAAGCUCCAUAGACGGUCCUAA